AGAGAGAGAGAGAGAGAGAGACCAGCUGUGCGCACGUCCAAUCUGAUGGCCGCCCUCCAAGGCAAAUAGAGCGCAACAGGUGGAUGCACCGGGUUAUCGCGCACCCUACUCGGCACCCGUGACGGAUUUCGAAAUGAGACAACCAAGCCCUCUUCUCGAGUGCUGCCGAGAUUAGAGCUCCGCUCGUCCUGUUCUUUGUGCUCGAGGUGCUACAUGUUGGGCAACAUCGAAGACCUCGCUGCUUGCAUUGCGAGGCGCAACCUUCUUUCCUGCUAGCAAUCAGGACGUCGCCUCCUAAUCCCAAUAUUGGAAGGAUCAAGAACUGCUGCUUUCUUCGAGUGGAGGACGGUUCGUCAUCGAAAUCGUACUGGUCCUAUAGUGCACCGUAUGCGGGAACGUCCACUCGAGGUUUGCAGCUGGCGCAAAAUUAGAGCACUUCAGAUUGGGCCGAACGGUGUAAUUUGCAUUUUGAGAAGACGGCGAGGCGUAGAGCAGUAAGCCUGCCUUGUUCCCGGAAGCUGGACUUUAUCGAGGCAUCGUGUGGUGCAAGUUCAACGUCGUGCAUCUCUCGAGUGCAUUUCGAGCGCGACGCUUCAAGUACCUUCUUCGUUCGAAGAGGCAGGAUCUCUUUAUCUCACCAGCGAGUGCCACCGUUGCCAUUGUGUGCUGAGGGCUUGGAAUUUUGAUUGUGUUGAAGGAAGUUAGUGCGUUUUGAGGGAAGUGCUCUUUUUCGACUUCACCGAGUCGUCAUCACGGUACCUGCCCCGUCUGCCAAGAGUGUCGUUUCAGUGAAGCCGAAGCUCUCCGUGUGUUUUUUUGUGUUCUGUACCGCCACGCAUUUCUGAGUGCAGUUCUGUCUUCAGGCCACUGUUUGCGCUCCCUACCAUCCUCUUCGCAUCGUCUCCGGUUAUUUCGGUGAAACUGUGAACACCGCGGUUCACAGCAGCCAGAGCCAUGCCUGCGCUCGCGAUAGAAGCCGUAAUGGGUUUCAUCAAGGUCAUGGGGACUGUUUACGACGUUGUUACGCUUCCCGUGUACGUCGUGCUCCAGAAGCCCUGGGUGUACUGGAAGCGGAAGCGGAUGUGUUUCGCCAAGCCCAUAAUCGAAGGCGACCCGUCGUCCCCGUACCGUCUCCUGGACAACUCGGAGCUCCAGAGCCUGAAGGGCGUCCAGACACUUGACGAGGUCGCGCGCAGGGCCAUCCGGGCUUACCCCAAGAGGCCCGCCAUGGGCACGCGACGCAUCCUGGGACGGACCGAAGAGAAGCAGCCCAACGGCAAGGUCUUCAAGAAGCUCGUGCUGGGCGACUACGAGUGGUGGACGUACGAAGAGAUGGACCGCAAGAUAGACCUCACGGCUCGCGGUCUCCUCUCGAUCGGCGCGAGGCCGCGACAGUACCUGGCCAUCCUUGCCGAGACCCGGGCCGAAUGGAUGCUGACUGCGCAGGCCUGCUUUCGAACCAACAUACCGCUGGUGACACUGUACGCGACUCUCAGCAACGAUGACAUCGUGAGCGCCGUGAACCUGACCGAGGUGACGCACCUGGUCACCUCGUCGGACCUCCUGACGCGGGUGCUCAGCGUCGUGGAGAAGAUGCCGACGCUGACGCACAUCGUGUACAUGGAGAACGCCAACGCAAAGCCCCCGGCACCGUUGCAGAAUGGACCUCAGGUAAUCCCAUUCUCAAGCCUCGAAGAACGGGGCGAAGACCACGAGCAGGAGCAGUGCUCGCCCUCUCCCGACGACGUCGCCAUCGUCAUGUUCACCAGUGGCUCGUCGGGGACGCCCAAGGGCGUCAUGGCCUCCCACAGGAACCUCAUCUCCUCCAUGAACGGCUUCGGCGUCGUUUGCAGCAAGUUCGGCGCCUACACUUGCAACGACGUCUACCUCGCCUACCUCCCGCUGGCUCACAUGCUCGAGCUAGCCGCCGAGACCCUGCUCAUCGGCGCGGGCGCCCGCAUCGGCUACUCGUCACCGUUCACCAUCACUGACAACGCGUCCGCCGUGGCCAAGGGCUGUCGCGGCGACGUGACGCUCCUGCAGCCCACCGUAUUCGCCUGCGUGCCCCUCAUAGUAGACCGUCUCCGCAAGGGCGUCAACGAAGUGGCCGCGUCCAAGGGACCCUUCUUCAAGGCCCUGUUCGACUACGCCGUUCAGUACAAGAACUUCUGGCUCGACCUGGGCUUCGACACGCCAAUCCUCAACCAGCUGGUCUUCAAGCAUGUCCGGCUCCUGCUAGGGCCCAACCUGAAGGUCCUCGCCUGCGGCUCGGCUCCGUUGUCCAGACACACGCGCCGUUUCGUGAGGGCCUGCAUGGGCGGCCGAGUAAUCGAGGGCUACGGCCUGACGGAGACUAGUGGCGCGGCGAGCAUCAUGAACGCCGAGGACGUGAGCGCAGACCGCGUUGGUGCCCCGCUCCCGGGUUGCUACCUGCGACUUGUUGACUGGGAAGAAGGCAACUACCGGACGUCGGACACGCCAAACCCCCGGGGCGAGAUCGUCGUCGGCGGGCCAUGUGUCACCAAGGGAUACUACAAGAACGAGGAGCUCACGAAGGAGUCCUUCAGGGAAGAAGGUGGCGUUCGCUGGUUCUACACCGGCGACAUCGGCGAGAUCUUUCCCGACGGCACGCUCAAGAUUGUGGACCGCAAGAAGGACCUUGUGAAGUUGCAGUUCGGCGAGUACAUCUCUCUGGGUCGGGUCGAGUCGGUGUUGAAAACUUGCACGCUCGUCGACAACCUCUUCGUCUACGGCAACUCGCUGCACACCUACCUCGUGGCGGUCGUGGCUCCCAAUCUGAAGCAGCUUCAGCGCAUCGCUCGACGUCUGGGCAGGGACGAAGACUUCGUGGCCAACGCGACGGUCAAAGACCUCUGUCAGGACGCCGAAGUUACCAAGGCAGCCGAGGAAGCGAUCCUGGAGUACGCGCGGGGCAGCGGUCUCCUGAAAACCGAGGUGCCCGGCAAGGUCAAGCUGUGCGUGGAAGAAUGGAAACCGGACACGGGGCUGGUGACGGCUACGUACAAGAUUCGCAGGAAGCCGCUGCAGGUCUUCUACCAGCGAGACAUCGACGCGAUGUACGGGACGUCGGAGGAGAACAGAUUGCGUCGCGCGUGAGAAAUUGAUCGUGCGCGCGUGUUGUAUUCCGGUACUAAGAACCAGGUGGCCGGUGCGUGUGUGUGUGUGUGACACUUACAAAAGCUUAAAAAGGACAGAAGACAACGUUCUACACCAAGAACGGUUUCCUCAUUAUGUAAACAAUGGUACAAAUGUUAACGCGUACUUUUUUAAGGAGAUGUAUAACUCGUCUUGCUAUAUAUAUUUUUUCUCGAUAAGAGUGAAAAGAAUUGUGGACUGAAUAAAAAUUUUCCAGCCACUACU